AUGAAAUGGGCACAACAAAAAGGAUUCCCAUGGGAUGAGCGGACAUGUGCCUAUGCUGCUGGAAAUGGAAACUUGGAAAUGGUCCAAUGGCUGCAUGCAAACGGUUGUCCAUGGGAUGAACGGACGUGUGCAUGUGCUGCUGAUAAUGGACAUUUGGAAAUUCUUAAGUGGGCUUGUAAAAAUGGUUGUCCAUGGACGAUGCAAUUGGUGCGUCCACGAGCUGCUCGACGCGGACAUUUGGAAAUUUUAAAGUGGGCACAUGGAAAUGGUAGUCCAUGGGAUGCAUUGACAUGUGCCUAUGCUGCUGAAAAUGGACAUUUGGAAAUUCUGAAAUGGGCUCGUGAAAACGGUUGUCGGUGGAAUGAACGAACAUGUGCUGGAGCUGCAAAAAAUGGACAUUUGAAGUGGGCUCGACAAAAUGGUUGUCCAUGGGAUGAAUGGACGUGCCAUGGUGCUGCUAAAGGUGGCCAAUUGGAAGCUUUGAAGUGGGCUCAUGAAAAUGGUUGUCCAUGGGGUUUUCUGACAUGUAACUGUGCUGCUGAAAAUGGACAUUUGGAAACUUUGAAGUGGGCUCGUGAAAAUUUUUGCCCAUGGUGUGAAGCAACAUGUUCCUCUGCUGCUUGACACGGACAUUUGGAAGUUUUAAAGUGGGCUCAUGGAAAUGGUUGUCCAUGGGAUGACUUGACAUGUACCUAUGCUGCUGAAAAUGGACAUUUGGAAAUUUUAAAAUGGGCGCGUGAAAAUGGUUGUCCAUG